AUGGAAGGUCAGGAUCCAGGCGCCGACAAGGGAUGGUGCGCGGAGCCCUACUGCUUCGUGGAUCCCUGCAACUGCGACUUGGACGUGCCGCCCACGCUGGCAAACAGCUACUUGCCAGAUGCCAGCUACCAGGGAAAAGGCCUGUGGUAUUCCUACGUUACUUGCGGCGGCAAGGACUACUGGAUGGAUGCUGAGACUAAGAAGCAGAAGCAGGAGGCCACUGGCGUUUGCGAGAAGAAAGUGGAUGAGAAGAAGUGGGGCAAGAAGAGCUGCCGCUGCGUUGGCUACGAUGGCACCCCCGGAACCGUCAACGUCACCAUUGAUAAGAAGGAGCUCAAGUAUCCUGCAGAUACCGGAGCCACCUGCGAAUCUUGGGAUGCCAAGAGGCACCCUGAUUGUGCCGGUGAUAAGCCAGCAGGCUGGUGCAAGCAAGAAUGGUGCUAUGUGGACCCCUGCGAGUGCGAUUUGGACGUGCCGCCGAAGACCUCGUCUUACCUGCCCAGCGGCAUGGUGAAUGGCAAGCCCGUGUACUUCUCCUAUGCCACCUGUGGAACCAGUGAUUCCUAG